CACUUGGGGGCACUUGGGGGCGUGUACCUCAGGUUCGAAGGGUGAGUGGUUGUAGCGCUUCUGCGCGCCGUGUCCGCAAGUCGGUGUAGAGCGCGCCUGUGGCAGACAUAGCCGGGGCCGGUGAUGCAGACGGGGUGCAGCGCGGACGGUGAAAGGCGCGAAAUGCAGUGGAGUCACCAGUCACGAGAGAAGGGCAGCGCAGGCGCGCUUGACGGCACGCAGGUACUGUGCACGGGUGCCAGGCUGCGCUCGAGCCUUGGAACCGUGCGAGCGCGCGUCCCAACGCGGCGCGAAGUCAGGUGUCAGUUGUCUGGACUCUGGUGCCAUUGGCGGGCGCCGGAUCGGCAUCUCCGUUUCUAUCUGCAGACUGUACUCCCUCAUUACAGCUGCUGCCGUGCUUCCAGCGCCCACGACAUGUUUCUUCUGGCGCGCGCGCUCCCAUUUCCUCCCCCGCCAAACAAAUGUGCGCCAUAAAUGCUGACUGCGGGCGUGACCUGAUAAUCGAACGACACUACGUCACCGUGCGUGACCUGCUCCCCCAGCGCAGCCAUGCCGCCCUGCCGCCCUGCCCAACGCCUC